AUGGAAGAUAUCGAGUACAAACUGGACUCAGUCAAAGCCACCCGGAUCCCGGCUGAGGAAAUUGACAAGACCUUCCGUUCAACAUGCAUUGACCUCGUCUCGGCCGCGCUAGGAGGCAAGGUUCUUGGCUUCUCAGAUCAAUGGUUUGCCGAAGCGGUUAACCUUAUCAACCCGGCGGCUCCAAUUCGGCAGCCAGGCAAGAUGGUAUACACGGGGGCUUGGUAUGAUGGGUGGGAGACACGGCGGCACAACCCGGAGCCAUUUGACUGGGUAGUAAUCCGGCUAGGUGUGGCAUCAGGAACGGUCGAGGGUGUUGAGAUUGACACGGCUUUCUUCAAUGGCAACCACGCGCCAGCGAUCUCGGUCGAGGGUUGCUUCAACCAGGAUGAUGAAGAAGUGCUCUCAUGGGGUGGUAAUCGUGGCCGCUGGGAGACCAUUCUCGGCAUCCAAGAGUGCGGUCCGUCACAGCGCCACGCCUGGAAGCUCGACAACCCGACCAACAAGCAGUACACGCAUGUCAGACUCAACAUGUACCCGGACGGCGGCAUCGCUCGGUUCCGGUUAUUCGGCCACGCUGUGCCAGUAUUCCCAGACGACAAGGAGGUUGUUUUCGACCUCGCGGCGGCCCAGAACGGUGGUGUGGCCGUUUCAUGCAGUGACCAACACUUUGGCACCAAGGACAACCUGAUUCUGCCCGGCCGCGGCAAGGACAUGGGAGACGGUUGGGAGACAGCACGGUCACGCACCAAGGGCCAUAUCGACUGGGCCAUCAUCCGGCUGGGAGCGCCAGGCUACAUCCAGAACUUCCUUGUCGACACGGCACAUUUCCGCGGGAACUACCCCAAGGAGGUACGGCUCGAGGCGAUCGAGUGGAAGGAUGGCGACCCUGCGGCCGAUGCCCCGGGUUGGAUCCGGGUUGCCGAGCCGCUCAAGUGUGGGCCAGAUAAGGAACACCUGGUGGAUAGCUUGGUGAAGGACAAGGCAUUUACACACGUCAAGCUCAUCAUUGUGCCGGAUGGGGGCGUCAAGCGGCUGCGCGUUUUCGCGAGACAGGCAGUGUAA